GUGUAGACUAUUAUUCCGUUUAAGUAGGAUAUAAACAUAUAGAUCUAACUUUUUAAAUAGGGCUGAACAUAGGUAUAUACUUAAAUGCAAGUAUUUUCUUCUGAAAUUAAAGGUAAGUUCUCUAAUACUUCAUUUGUUAUAAGUAGCCUAGCCUACUAAAUGUUAAACUUAAUACUUUGAUUCAGAGGGGUUGGGUUAAAUGCGGAAGACACGUUUCAGUUGAAUGCAUUGUUGUACAACUGACCAGGUAUCAGCUUUCCCUUUAAUUUGCUUCUUUAAACAGGCCUACUUUUGUACUAACAUUUUUUUUUUCAUAGGCCUUCUUUCUAUAUAUGCCGCAUUCACGUGCUAGUCGGAGCUAAACUCGGUUAUGUUCGACUUGCUAACUGGUUGAACGCGUUACACUUACCAUCAGAACCAGUAAGGAAUUCGGAAACAUUCAAGUUCCAACUAGCACGUGAACGCGGUAAUAUUCUCUGCUAUAAAGAGACGGGUUCGUUGCAGGACCAAUGAUCGUGUUUGUUUCGCGGUUGCGCAGUGUACGCGGUGUGUGAUCACCCGCAUGGAUUCCAGCAUCAGUAGGGGAUUCAGAGUAAACGGGAAAGUGCGUCUGUGAGUCCACCUGUUUGGGAAGAAGAGGAAAGUUUUGCUGGGGACUUGUUCUGAUUGUUUCGAAGCAAUGUCAGCAUUACGGCGAAACGUGCCGUAGGCGACGAGGUCCGUGCUGCUCCUAAGGUGACAGGACCGCAGGAUGAUUGCUGGGCUGGGCAGGGUGUCAGGGCAGUAAUAGAAACCUCAGGAGCGGAGUCGCUGUCUGCUGGCUGUCUGCUGGCUGUCACUGAUCGCUGCUGACUGAUAGCACUCUGCAUUUGUCUAGACUGGCAUUUGAUACCGCCAGAGUGAGAAGAGACUUCAAUCCACGCUUUGGGUUUUGUUUACUAAGCUCCAGUGCCCAACCACUAGCAUUGGCAUCGAUGACUGUAAAACAAUGGAGAGUGUUCCUACCCAGCUGCUCCUCCGGUGACCCCAGGCACCACCUAACUCAGGGAUAGCAUGGGACCCCACCCUGUGUAUCCCCCACUCCCAUCCUUCCUACUCCUCCUCUCCAUCCUCCUCCUCCUGCCCCACCCGGCCACCUCUUCCUUCCAUUCCAAGCCUCAGGUGGUGGAGCGGGCAUCUGUAUCAGGCACCCCAGCUACCCCAUCUGGUAACACCACAGGGGGCAAGCGGGCGUGCACAGACAAGGUGAUGUGUAGACCUGGCAUUGUGCUGCCUGUGUGGCUACCACUCAGCCCUCCACUGGCGGAGCAGACGGGGAGGGCGAUAGUCUACUUUACCUGCCUCAUGUACAUGUUCCUGGGUGUGUCCAUCAUCGCCGACCGCUUCAUGGCCUCCAUCGAGGUCAUCACCUCCCAGGAGAAAGAGGUGACUAUCACCAAACCCAACGGGGAGACGUCAGUGACCACUGUGCGGAUCUGGAACGAGACUGUGUCUAACCUCACGCUCAUGGCCCUGGGCUCCUCUGCACCAGAGAUCCUUCUCUCUGUCAUCGAGGUGUGUGGUCACAACUUUGACGCGGGUGAGCUUGGACCGGGCACCAUCGUGGGCAGCGCUGCCUUCAACAUGUUUGUGAUCAUCGGAGUGUGUGUGUGGGUCAUCCCCGACGGGGAGUCGCGAAAGAUCAAACAUCUGAGAGUGUUCUUCAUCACAGCCUUCUGGAGCAUCUUCGCAUACAUCUGGCUCUACCUCAUCCUGGCUGUUAUCUCCCCGGGAGUAGUAGAGGUGUGGGAGGCUCUGGUCACUCUGCUCUACUUCCCAGUGUGUGUGAUCUUGGCUUGGAUCGCCGACCGCCGCCUGCUCUUCUACAAGUACAUGCACAAGCGUUACCGUGCCGACAAGCGGCAUGGCAUUGUUGUGGAAACGGAAGGUGACCUGGCGCCCAAGGGGAUCGAUGUAAUCAUGGACGCUAAGUUCUCGGAUAGCAAUUCCACUGCUGGAAACUCCUCCAGUGUCUGCACAGUCUCUGUUCAGACAGGCAAGGAGCUGGACCAGAACAGAGAUGAGGUGGUACGCAUCCUGAAGGACCUGAAGCAGAAGCACCCGGACAAAGACCUGGAGCAGCUUAUCGAGAUGGCCAACUACUCAGCUCUGGUGCAGCAGAGGAAGAGCCGCGCCUUUUACCGCAUCCAAGCCACACGCAUGAUGAUCGGUGCCGGCAAUGUGCUCAAGAAGCAUGCCGCUGAGCACACGCGACGCAAAGCCGCCGCAACGGAGUGCGGCGCCCUGGAGAAAGAGGACAGGGCCACGUGCACCCACCUGUCCUUUGAGCGUGCCCAGUACCAGUGCACAGAGAACUGUGGUACCCUGAGCCUAGCAGUGAUCUGUGAGGGUGGCAUGGGGCAGCACACCUUCUAUGUGGACUACCACACGGAGAAUGGCUCGGCAAAUGCCGGGGCGGACUAUGAGUUUAGCGAGGGGACGCUGGUGUUCAAACCAGGGGAGAGUCGGAAGGAGAUUAAGGUGGGCAUCUUGGACGACGACGUCUUCGAGGAAGACGAGCACUUCUUUGUGCGGCUGCAGAAUCUCCGUCUGGAUGAGGGCGGCAACGAGGUUUCACUGGGAACGCCGCCCAAGGGCCGGCUGGUGGAGCCGUUAGUUACCAUGGUUACCAUCCUGGACGACGACCACGCCGGCAUCUUCACGUUCGGCGAGCGCGUGCUGCGAGUGAGCGAGAGCUCCGGUACGAUGGUGGUGACGGUGGUGCGGAACUCUGGCUCGCGGGGCACCGUGAUGUUGCCCUACCGCACUGAGGAUGGCAGCGCCCGUGCCGGCGUGGACUACGAGGAGACCAAAGGCGAGCUUGAGUUCUCCAACGAACAGACCAGUCAGACUCUACAGGUACGCAUUGUAAAUGUGGAGGAAUAUGAGAAGCAGGAAAACUUCUUCAUUGUGCUGGAUGAGCCCAAAUGGCUAAAGCGAGGAAUCUCAGCUCUGCUGCUCAACCAGGGGAACCCUACUCCAGAAGAGGAGGACGCCAGACGUAUCUCAGAGAUGGGGAAGCCCAUUCUAGGGGAGCACAGCAGGCUAGAGGUCAUCAUAGAGGAGUCCUACGAGUUUAAGAGCACCGUGGACAAACUCUUGAAGGACACCAAUCUGGCUGUGGUGAUUGGAACUCAUUCCUGGAGAGAACAGUUCAUUGAGGCGGUCACAGUCAGUUCAGGAGGUGACGAGGAAGAGGGAGUGGAGCGGCGAAUGCCCAACUGCUUUGACUACUUCAUGCACAUUGUGACAGUUUUCUGGAAGAUUCUGUUUGCCUGCGUGCCACCUACCGAGUACUGGAAUGGCUGGGCCUGCUUUGUGGUGUCCAUCAUUGUCAUUGGCUUACUAACCACCGUCAUCGGGGACCUGGCCUCCCACUUCGGCUGCACCGUGGGCCUCAAAGACAGUGUCACUGCUGUGGUGUUUGUGGCUCUGGGCACCUCCAUCCCUGACACCUUUGCCAGUAAAGUCGCUGCCACCCAGGACCAGUAUGCCGACGCGUCGGUGGGCAACGUGACGGGUAGCAAUGCGGUCAACGUUUUCUUGGGCAUCGGGGUGGCGUGGUCCAUCGCUGCCAUCUACUGGGAGACCAAAGGUCAAACUUUCCGCGUGGACCCCGGCUCACUGGCCUUCUCGGUCACGCUCUUCACCAUCUUCGCCUUCAUCAACAUGGGGGUGCUGAUGCUCCGCCGCCGGCCGUCUGUAGGGGGAGAGCUGGGGGGGCCCAAGGUCACCAAGGUGCUCACCACCCUAUUCUUCUUUGGCCUCUGGUUCAUCUACAUCCUCUUUUCCAGCCUGGAGGCCUACUGCCAUGUAAAGGGCUUCUGAGGGAGCACAGGGCUAGAUAGGUAGAUGGGUAGAUUGAGGAACUCACACAUGCACACAGACACACACACAUGCGCAUACAUGCUUGCACGCACACAUACACACACAUACACACACAUACACAUCAUCAUCAUCAUCAUUGCCACUGCAACGACACAUCUUCGACAUCUAGCAGAAGAUCCACUACCAGGAGUAAUGAUGCAAAUGUCUAUUUUCUGUACUCACUGCUCACAGAGAGAAUGUCAGACACUCUCUCGCUCGCUCUCUCUCUCUCACACACACACACACACACACACACACACAAAAUGUAGGGUGUAGAAGAAAAUGUAGAAGGAAAAGGUGGUUAUUAGUAGAGGAAUGUGGUGGUGAUGGACUAUGUGAUGAUCACAAUCACAGGAUGCUAAUAUGCCUGGUAUAGAAAGUGGAGGGGACACCGUGCAAAGACACUCUUUAAAAUAGGCUGCUCAGGUUAAGAGGAAAGACAUGGAUGGAGUGUGAAGUCUGGAUCUUGACAACACUGGAGACCACAUCAACAUGAUUCUGGUCUGGGUCUGUCUGGGCCUCAGCUCCUGAGGUCUGGGUAUAGUUUUACAGUUUUGGACCAGGCCAUAAUCUUUGGUAGUCUCUCAACUCACGUGGUCAAGAUCUGUCACUGAAUACCAUCUCUUGUCAGAGUUAUUUGGCCACGUAGCUCUGGUCCAUCGUGCAACGACAACAACGAGUUACCUCUUCAGAGGCAACUCGUUGUUGUCAUCACGCAAUGGACCAGAGCUAGUGGCCAAGUAGGACUGACAUAACACUGAGGGGACACCUUGUUCUGCAUGCCUUGCCGGCGGCAAAGUAUCAGCACCCCAAUGUUAAUUCCCUAAUGUGGGAGCCGGGUAGGAAUGCAAUGGCUAACACUUAGGUGGACCCAUUGUGCAAAACUGUUUGAAAUUAUAUAAUUUCAAUCAGUGUUGCCCACUGGGGAAGAUGCCUUAUUUGACUGUAAGGUCAAAUAAGAGUUUUGGUUUGAGUCUAGGUCUUCAUCUUGCUGCUUAUGGCCUACCUAUGUUAGUUGAACGAGGGCACUACGGUGGCUGAUCCAGAUAAACUUGAUGAACAGAACAAUGUAAACUACACAUGGCAGAUAAGCAUCUCCCUUUCUCCCUUUUGGUCCUGUAUGGCACAAUGGAUAUAGCUGCCUCCGACACCCACAACAACCUCUUCCCCAGCUUUUGUAUUAUACAUUUCUCUUGGAAAUAGUUGUAUCUCUAUUCCCUAUUAUGUCAUCUUGUGGCAAGAGGUGAAAUGCUAAUAUAAUUAGCUUAUCCCCUUUCAUUUGGGCUCACCCCAGUCUUCAUAGCAAAAACAACCAAAGACUAUGGGCUCAAUGCUGUUUAGUAGCAUGCUAUUGCAUGCUGUUUAAAAAUGCUGAGAAGCUGCUAUGACAUGAAAUACUGUAAAUUAUAGAGAAAUCACUGAGUAUCUGCCAUUUAGAGUGACAAUGUGACAGAGAUAAUUCAUCCAACUCAACAUGAGUAGUCUUAUCAUCAAUUUAUUUAUGAAUUUUGUCAUUAAAUGUAUGUAUAUUUUAAUGUAAGAACUUACAUUCACAAGAAAUGACAUUGUAAUUUAUUUCAAGUUGUAACAAUUACAUUGAAAAUGUAUCACAGUU